UGUUGCUGUGGGUUUGAUUGACAGGAAACAUGUCGGUGUGGUGGGAGCGAACCGGGAUGCAGCUGCUGCCAAGGGAGACAGGGAGUACCUGCAUCCAGUCCACACAUCAGCACCUUUGAAAACCACCAGGCUUCCCCCUCAAUACGUCUUCUUCUAAACAGCUUCUCUUUUUUUUUUAAACAUCCAUUUCAAACGAAGGGGCACCCAAUGGAUGCUGUGGCAAACCGUGUCGUCCCGCUCGGUAUCUUCAUAUUGUGUUUGAUUUAGCCUACAACCGGAGACACCUUGAUGAAACAGCAGGAACUACGAGGACUGUUGUUGCAAUGGAGUCGACUCUCUCACGGCUGAAACCCCGUCUGUAAACCUACGAAAUCUCGUUUCAUGGCGUUCUGCAGGUUGCUCUGUUCCGUGGGCUUCUCCACAUUUCUUUUCUGAAUUAUUUGUUGUUGUUUUUAUUUCUUUUAUUUUUUUUUUCAAAGUGCAAAGGGAAAAUAACGACCACUGCUCGCAAAACUAUGAACGAGGAGAUGACAAAAAGCGAGGAGCAGCAUCUUAGUUUGCAGAAAGCCUUGCAGCAGUGCGAGUUGGUGCAAAAUAUGAUUGACAUAAGCAUUUCUAGUUUGGAGGGUUUACGGACCAAAUGUGCCACAUCCAACGACUUGACACAAAAAGAGAUACGAACGCUGGAGGGGAAGUUGGUAAAGUACUUCAGCCGCCAGCUGUCCUGUAAGUGCAAAGUGGCCUUAGAGGAGCGCAGUGUCGAGCUGGAGGACUUCCCUCGCCUCUGCCACUGGUUCCGCAUCGUCAACUUGAGGAAGGAGGUCACAGAGGAGAUGAGCCCAGGUGAGGUAACCCUGGAGGGCCUGCUGGAGAUGAGCGAGGAGCAGGUGUGUGAGCUGCUGCAGAAGUUUGGUGCCAACGAAGAGGAGUGCGCCCGACUCAACGCCUCCCUCUCCUGCCUCAGAAAGGCCCACCAGCUCGAACAACUUGAGGAGGAUAAAUUGCACAGUAAUGGAGGGAGCCAGGAGAAGCAGGACUGGUCCAUCCAGUGGCCCACCUCUGAAUCGGGCAAAGAAAACACUCCGGUGUGCCAGCCAGAGGUCAGUCAGUGGAUCAGGUUUCAGCUCUCCCAAAGCCCCAAAGUCCAGUCCAAGUACAACCAGCACAUGUGCCACAGCCCCCAGGCCCUGGCCCCCCCUUUAUAUGCCGAUCGACUGACCGUUGACAGCCCGGCCACAGGGUUCUUCCCUCCCUUGGACUAUGGUCAUCGCUCCCUGCCCCCAUCACCCCGCCAAAGGCAUUUUGGCCACACACCUCCUCGGACUCCCUUAGUGGUCAACACCAUGACGCCGCCUGGCACUCCCCCCAUGCGGCGUAGAAACAAAGUGAAGGCCCCGGGCACGCCACCUCCACCUAGCCGCAAGCUCAUCCAUCUGCUGCCAGGCUUCACCGCACUGCACCGCAGCAAAUCCCACGAGUUCCAGCUGGGGAACCGCUUGGAUGACACACAGACACCAAAAGCCAAGAAGAAGACCAAGCCCUUGAACCUUAAGAUCCACAGCAGCGUGGGCAGCUGUGAGAAUCUGCCCACGCAGCGCUCACCCCUUCACACCGAACGAUCUCUGCGAUCCUUCUUCUUUCCCUCCUUCAUCCCUUCCACACCUCCUGUCCAUGCUGAAACACCCUCUGCAAACACUCUCUCAGUGCCUCGCUGGUCCCCACAGAUUCCCAGAAGAGAUUUGGGAAACUCAAUAAAACACAGGUUUUCCACAAAGUAUUGGAUGUCCCAGACAUGCAUAGUAUGUGGAAAGGGAAUGUUGUUUGGACUGAAAUGUAAAAACUGCAAGCUGAAGUGCCACAACAAAUGCACCAAAGAAGCCCCACCUUGCCAUUUAUUGAUCAUACAGCGAGGCGGACGAGAAUCCCUCAAAGAUCACCAAGGAACAACUCAAGUAGCUCGUCUGGUACGGACUGAAUCGGUGCCAUGUGACAUCAAUAACCCGCUCAGGUACACAGACCUGCACAUCAGUCAGACUCUCCCUAAAACCAACAAAAUCAACAAGGAUCACAUCCCAGUCCCGUACCAACCAGACUCCAGCAGUAAUCCCUCAUCCACCACCUCUUCCACCCCAUCCUCCCCUGCUCCUCCUCUGCCCAGCAGUGCCACUCCCCCAUCGCCCCUACAUCCCUCCCCACAGUCGGCGCGGCAACAGAAACAGUUCAACUUGACAGCAUCCAGUUAUUUCAAAUACAAACAACAGUUCAUCUUUCCUGAUGUUGCUCCAGAGGCUCCUCCAAGCAGAGCACCGCAGGUCAUCCUGCACCCUGUCCUGUCUGAACCAGGGAAUGAGGGCAACCCUUUACUUCAAAUCGAAGUUGAACCUACAUCGGAUAACGAGGAGGGCAACGACGAGGACUCCGGUGACGAGUUCGAGGAGAUGAACCUGUCGCUCCUGUCGGCUCGCAACUUCCCUCGCAAGGCCAGCCAGACCAGCAUCUUCCUGCAGGAGUGGGACAUCCCGAUUGAGCAGCUGGAGAUUGGAGAGAUGAUUGGCAAGGGGCGCUUUGGCAAAGUUUUCCACGGGCGCUGGCACGGUGAGGUGGCCAUCCGUUUGAUCGACAUUGAGCGUGACAACGAGGACCAGCUCAAGGCCUUCAAGCGCGAGGUGAUGGCCUACCGCAACACUCGCCACGAGAAUGUGGUGCUGUUUAUGGGGGCCUGCAUGAGCCCACCACACCUGGCAAUCAUCACCAGCUUGUGUAAAGGCAGGACCCUUUAUUCCGUGGUGCGGGAUGCCAAGGUUGUCCUGGAUGUUAACAAGACCAGGCAGAUCGCACAAGAGAUGGUCAAGGGGAUGGGCUACCUCCACGCUAAGGGGAUCUUACACAAAGACAUGAAGUCCAAGAACGUGUUUUAUGACAACGGCAAAAUCGUCAUCACUGACUUUGGACUCUUCACCAUAUCUGGGGUUUUGCAGGCUGGCAGCCGGAGAGAAGACAAACUGAGGAUCCCUAACGGUUGGCUGUGUCACCUGGCCCCAGAAAUAAUCCAGCAGCUCUCUCCGGACACAGAGGAGGACAAGCUUCCCUUCUCCAAACAGUCAGAUGUUUUUGCUUUUGGGACCAUCUGGUAUGAGUUACACGCACGUGAGUGGCCUUACAAGAGUCAGCCAGCAGAGGUGAUCAUAUGGCAGAUUGGCAGCGGGAUGAAGCCCAACCUCGCCCAAACUGGCAUGGGGAAGGAGAUAUCAGACAUUCUGCUUCUGUGCUGGGCGUACAAGCAGGAAGAGCGGCCUAGCUUCUCCAUGCUGGUAGAUUUACUGGAAAAGUUGCCAAAACGGAAUCGUCGCCUUUCCCACCCAGGGCACUUCUGGAAGUCAGCUGAGUAUGUCAAAUGAGUUAGGGACACAAAACAGCAAACAAUCAGCAACUAUUAAAAAAACAACAGCCGCCAUAACUCUACAUAAAUAACCCACCUCCUUAAAGAAUGCACUGAAUCCAAAAGCCAGCCCAGUGAUGAAAACUGCCCACGCUGUGUGUAUUUUCAUGGAAUGUUGGCAUGUGUGUGUACAGAUAAGUUCAGCUUCUCAAAGCAGUCGGGACUCAUAUUUUCUUUGGUUUGUUUUAAACCAUACUGGAUAUUUUUCCUUUAUCUUUUUUGUCUUUUACUAUUGACUUUAUCCCUUCAUAAUAUUUGAUUUAUUUUCUGGAUGUAUCUUGCUUGUAACUUUUGACUGAUCACAUCAUCCUGAACUUUAAAAAAAAACAUGUUUGAGAACAAAUGUAGAUUUUUCUUUCCCAUGUCUUCUUUGUUUUUGUUUUGAAUGAAUGUAACUGUUGUACAUUACACAUUGUAUAUUUCCAUAUCAUUGUCUUCCCAUUCCUUAUGUCUGUCAACUGUGUAGAGCAUUCUGUCAAUGUUACCUCAUGGUCUCUCAUGUGUGGAUGUCUGUACAAGUUUGUCUCCAAAAUUAAUUUUAACUUAAAAAAUGUCCUCUUAUUUACACCGUACCAUUUGAAUGUGAAGAAGCCAGCUUCCCUGUUUGUGUGGGGAUGUGUUUGCACGGUUGUUUGAUGAGAGAAUGUUCUCUGAUCAGCCUGUGCUUUGAAUAUUGCCUGUGAACAUAAGCGAGACGUUUGAACAAUUACAGCCUUUGGGGAAAAAAAGCCGCUGGUCAGAUCAGGACUCCCUCACUUGACGCUGUUCUGUGAAAUCGCUGACACUUGAAAUGUAUCUCGUCAACUGUUGGAGAACUAAUUACCCUUCAGAAAUGCUAUCACUGAGCCCCCCAUCUCCCAUUCCCCAGAAAUAAAUGUAAAUGAUUCUACUUCAAAUAGCUAAUGAUAGAUACAGAAGAUAAAACUGUAGAUACAGAUACAAAUCUAAAGCGUGCUACUGUAUAGUCAGUGCAGUAACCUUAAGUUAUUUUAUUUUAAUAGAUACAUGAACUGACGUUAGCUUUCUGAGCAGUGUAUGAAACUGUUUUAUAAAAUAGUUUGGAGACCUACAGUACAUGGGUCAAAGACCUGUUGGUAAUGGGCCUAGGUCUGAGGACCCCAAUGAUUUGGAUCCGCACAAGUAAAUGACGUGAUUGUUAGACAUGUAAAGGGAGAGCACAUGACCUUUAAAAAAGGCAACACAAAAACUUUGAGGAGUUUGUGUUUCACUUAUUCAAAUUCGUUAAGAGUUGCUUAAAAGCAGUGUUGUAGUCACUUUAAAUUUACAUUCAUCCUGGAUAAGGUUACUGACUACGAUUUUUUUUUUAAAGAGGUAAUUGGUAAUUGUGUCUGAAUACAUUUUUAAAGUAACCCUCCCAGCCCUGAGCAUACUCAUAAACUCAUAGACAUCACAUACAAGUAAAAGUACGCUAUAAAGAUUAAAAUGUUUGAAGAUUUACUCUUCCAAAUCAAUCUCUUCCAACCAUUAGUACAUUACUUUAAUAAAUCAUUGAGAAAUCAGCUGUAUAAAAGUGUGUUCAGACUGAAUGCAAAGUGAAUUUGAGAGGCAGCUUGAAUGCAUUCAAAGCCAAUUGGAAGGAUGGAAGUGAAUGCAAACAGAGGCUGGAUUCACUCAAGGUGCUGAACAGUGACCGCUGACGCUACAAGCGACAGUUAAAGGAUAAUGCUGAAGGCAAAACUACUACUACUACUACCACUCUCACUUUUUAGCUAAAAUGCUAAACUAUUGUGAAAGUAGCGCUUGAGGAGAAGUCCGCGAACUGGCUCAGUAAUGUCAGUUACAUAGCAUUAUUUAUCUAAAGUUUGCUAACAUUAGCCAUGAUAAGCUAAGACAGACUGUAGCAAUAGUGCAUUGUAUUACUUAUGAAUUAAACUUUUAAUUUGUAAGAGGAAGAUUCUGGUAUUUAGGUAGUUACAUCUCUCUUAAGUCUUUCUUUAAGGUAAAGACGUGUCCACUCAAAUUAAUAAGUUUACAGUUAAUUGUACAAGAGGAAAACGCCAGGGUCUGGAUGAGAAUAACAGUGUGAAAACACUCACUCACUCACUCACACACACACACACACACACACACACACACACACACACACACACACACACACACACACACACACACACACACACACACACACACACACACACAAGCUAUAGCUGUAUACAAAUAAAGCAAGGUGAAAAAUAAGCUUUUUGUUUUGUCUGAACACACCUUGAGAACAAAGACCGUUCAGCAGGGGAUGACGAUAUGUUAUUUCACAUCACAUAAAGGCAACUUUUUUGCUAUUCUUUAUUCUAUUAUUUAUAUCCACUAUUCAUGGUGCCGGAUUUAAGUUGUGCUUAGUGAAUCUCCUACGAAGCGCUGUAUCUCUAUAUUUUACACUUUAAACAGAAAAUUAAUGUCUUUCAUUAACCAUUGCAAUUAAAAAAAGCGUUUUACUUAUUAAUUUCAAAAACAAACUCUUUCUUGCCUCUGUAUUAACUAGGCUACUUUUGAUUACAACACUGCUGAAAAAGUGACUGUGGUGGACAAAUUAAUCCUAAACUUGCCUUCUUGUUUUUUAAAUCUUGAAAGAUUUUAUUUAACGAACCUGUUGUGGUGUUUUUUGAGUUCUUAGAUUAUAAAGUUAAAGUAACAACUAAGUAACUUAAAUCUGGCUGAACUUUCCCUUUAACAUAUCAGAAAAGACAUAUCAGGAUGCUAAAGACCACCCCAGGCCAUUUUUCUACUUCACACUCUAUAUCACAAUAUAUUUUAAAUGUAUGUUUUAGAGAUAUAGUAAAUUGGAGUCAUAUCAUCAUGACUUGGAAGCCGUGGCGUCGUUCAAGCUGUAUACUGCUUUUGAUUCUCUCUAGCCACGUGGAAUAGAUAAGAGACAAUCCAAUCAUGUUAAAUAGCCAUUUUCCACCUAAUUAUAUACACAUCUGCCAGUGUUGGAAAAUGCAUACAAACAAUCUGCUGCUGUUUUUUGGAGUCUGUCUUUCUAUUCUGGAAUUGCUGGGAUUCAAAUAUUGUAAGUGGAUCAUUUAUAUUUGUACUGUUUACAACUUUAAAGUGCAUGAGAUGGACUAUUGAAGAUUGAUUCUUGUUAUGAAAAAAAAAAUCCUUCUACACUACAUAUAAAAAAGUUAUGUGAGCAUUUUUCUGAUUAACUGUUGUCCAUUGAGCAGUUUGAUCUCAAUACAUAUUGAAGUUUUACGUCAGGCUUUGCAGAACUUUUCAACAGCUUUGUUUGAGAGAACGAUUGUUUCACAAUAUUUAUAGAUUAUAUAAAUGAUUAGACUAGCAUUGAAAGAAAAAAAGAGUUGCGACCUGUGCACAUGAUAGAGUUGACAACAACCUGACUGGACAACAAUCAAAGAUCUAACAUUAGUGCCAAGUGUACAUAGCAGAUUGUAGACUAUGUUUUAUCGUCACUUGCCGUAAUAUCAAUAUUCCUUGUGAAUUUUUGGACUUCUUUCUUUUGAAUGUACAAAUUGUGUUGUGUUUUUGUUGUUUCUGUUUUCUGUUCAUUUACAUUUCUUUUCCUCCAUUUUCCUUCUAAUUGCAUACGCAUUGAUGCUGUGUUGUUUCUUUUCCUUGAUUCCGUCCUUGUAUAGUAGAUGAUAGUCCAAAAAGCUUGUAUUUAAUGAUGCCUUAUGGUCCAUGGCUUAGUGAUGAGUAGAUUUUGAUCACAAGCUCUUUUAUUUGCACUCAUCCUUUACAAAGUGUAUGACAAUAAAAAGAUCUUUUCAUUUUG